UUUUCUUGCAGUGGCAACUUUUCAAACACAAGUAUUUCAGUGUUCAGCCAAAGCAGACGUGUCUAAGUGCAUUUAGUGCAACAACAAAGAAGUGAAAGAAAAAAAUCAAUUUUAAACUUGAUUAAAAUUAUAGUGAAUUUUAAAAUAUAAAAAGGAACAGGAAAUAUGCAGAUCUUCGUCAAGACCUUGACUGGCAAGACCAUCACCUUGGAGGUGGAGCCAUCCGAUACCAUUGAGAAUGUUAAGGCCAAGAUCCAGGACAAGGAGGGUAUUCCCCCAGAUCAGCAGCGUUUGAUCUUCGCUGGCAAGCAGCUCGAGGAUGGACGUACUUUGUCCGACUACAACAUCCAGAAGGAGUCGACCCUUCAUCUGGUUCUGCGUCUGCGUGGUGGCAUGCAGAUCUUCGUCAAGACCUUGACUGGCAAGACCAUCACCUUGGAGGUGGAGCCUUCGGACACCAUUGAGAACGUCAAGGCUAAGAUCCAGGACAAGGAGGGCAUUCCCCCAGAUCAGCAGCGUUUGAUCUUCGCUGGCAAGCAGCUGGAGGAUGGACGUACUUUGUCCGACUACAACAUCCAGAAGGAGUCGACCCUUCAUCUGGUUCUGCGUCUGCGUGGUGGCAUGCAGAUCUUCGUCAAGACCUUGACUGGCAAGACCAUCACCUUGGAGGUGGAGCCAUCCGAUACCAUUGAGAAUGUUAAGGCCAAGAUCCAGGACAAGGAGGGCAUUCCCCCAGAUCAGCAGCGUUUGAUCUUCGCUGGCAAGCAGCUCGAGGAUGGACGUACUUUGUCCGACUACAACAUCCAGAAGGAGUCGACCCUUCAUCUGGUUCUGCGUCUGCGUGGUGGCAUGCAGAUCUUCGUCAAGACCUUGACUGGCAAGACCAUCACCUUGGAGGUGGAGCCAUCCGAUACCAUUGAGAAUGUUAAGGCCAAGAUCCAGGACAAGGAGGGCAUUCCCCCAGAUCAGCAGCGUUUGAUCUUCGCUGGCAAGCAGCUCGAGGAUGGACGUACUUUGUCCGACUACAACAUCCAGAAGGAGUCGACCCUUCAUCUGGUUCUGCGUCUGCGUGGUGGCAUGCAGAUCUUCGUCAAGACCUUGACUGGCAAGACCAUCACCUUGGAGGUGGAGCCAUCCGAUACCAUUGAGAAUGUUAAGGCUAAGAUCCAGGACAAGGAGGGUAUUCCCCCAGAUCAGCAGCGUUUGAUCUUCGCUGGCAAGCAGCUCGAGGAUGGACGUACUUUGUCCGAUUAUAACAUCCAGAAGGAGUCGACCCUUCAUCUGGUUCUCCGUCUGCGUGGUGGCAUGCAGAUCUUCGUCAAGACCUUGACUGGCAAGACCAUCACCUUGGAAGUGGAGCCAUCCGAUACCAUUGAGAAUGUUAAGGCUAAGAUCCAGGACAAGGAGGGUAUUCCCCCAGAUCAGCAGCGUUUGAUCUUCGCUGGCAAGCAGCUGGAGGAUGGACGUACUUUGUCCGACUACAACAUCCAGAAGGAGUCCACUUUGCACUUGGUUCUGCGUCUGCGUGGCGGUGCCUAGAUUUGAACACUAUUAAAAAAAUGCAAUAUAUAAAUCUUUCAAAUUACUAAAUGUACUCAAAUAGACAACAUAAAUGUAUUCCCUGUAGUUCAUGUUAAUUGGCAGUAAAUUAUGCUCAAAAUUCCAAAAUAUUUAAAUAUUCAAUAAAGUUCUUUGUGCGCGUUCAAA